AUGGCACCCUUAAACUCCAGCAAUACCUUUUCCUCCAUGUUCUAUCUCACAGGUAUCCCAGGCUAUGAGGAAUAUCACCACUGGAUUUCCAUCCCAUUCUGUGUCCUCUACUUUGUUGGAAUCAUGGGCAACUGCACCAUCCUGCAUAUUGUCCGGACAGAUUCCAGACUCCAUGAGCCCAUGUACUACUUCCUGGCCAUGCUUUCCCUCACGGACAUGGGCAUGUCCAUGCCCACAAUGAUCACACUCUUCAGGGUGCUGUGGUCCAUUUCCAGGGAGAUCCAGUUCAAUAUUUGUGUGGUCCAAAUGUUUUUCAUUCACACUUUCUCCUUCACUGAAUCAUGUGUACUCUUGGCCAUGGCCCUUGACAGGUAUGUGGCCAUCUGCAACCCCCUAAGAUAUGCUACCAUUCUCACUCCAAGACUUAUCAUCAAAAUUGGAAUUGCAUCCCUGCUCAGGAGUGCCAUUGCUAUGAUUCCACUUCUGGCCCGGCUGGCUUUCUUUCCCUUCUGCCGCUCCCAUGUCCUUUCUCAUUCUUACUGUCUGCACCAGGACAUGAUCCGCCUUGCCUGUGCUGAUGUGAAGUUUAAUGUUAUAUAUGGAUUGGUUCUGAUCACUGUGCUGUGGGGCAUGGAUUCGCUGGGCAUUUUUGUGUCUUAUGUGUUCAUUCUUCACUCAGUAUUAAAAAUAUCAUCUAGGGAGGGAAGGCUUAAGGCCCUUAACACAUGUGGAUCCCACAUCUGUGCUGUGCUCAUCCUGUAUGUGCCUAUGAUUGGACUAUCUAUCGUCCAUCGUUUUGCCAAACACUCCUCCCCACUCAUCCACAUCUUCAUGGCUCAUAUUUACUUAUUAAUUCCGCCUGUGCUUAACCCAAUUAUCUACAGUGUGAAGACUAAGCAGAUCCGUCAAGGAAUCCUCAACCUGUUUCUCCCCAAGAAAAUCGGUUCUAGUAUGAUGUAG